AUGGCACGUUCAAAGCGCCUUUAGUAUUUGUCGUGUGCGAACGUUAGUUGAACGCAUCGUGAACGUAUAUAUUUAUAUAUAUAUAUUACCAAUUUGUGAUAAACAUUCCAUUGGCCAGAGUGCAACGUUAAGCUACUUUUUUCGACCAAAAACGUAACGCAACGCACCCUGCAAACCCGUUUCCAACCAAAAAUCCAGCAGCAGCAACAACUUCAACAACAACAAACAUUAACAUGUCUUCGAAUCGUGCUCCAAAGAGUGGCUUUGCGGCCGAAGCGCAGCGCAAGAUAAAUUCCAAGUACAGCGAGGAGCUGGCCCAGGAGUCGCUGGAAUGGAUUAAGGCUGUGACAGCUGAGCCCAUCAACACAUCGGGCGAUACGGACAAUUUCUUUGAAGUGCUCAAGGAUGGCGUCAUCCUGUGCAAGCUGGCCAAUGCCUUGCAGCCGGGCUGCAUUAAGAAGGUUAACGAGAGCAAAAUGGCCUUCAAGUGCAUGGAGAACAUUUCAGCAUUCCUCGAGUGUGCCAAGAACUUUGGUGUGCCCACACAGGAGACAUUCCAGAGUGUCGAUCUCUGGGAGCGACAGAAUCUCAAUUCUGUUGUCAUCUGCUUGCAGUCUCUGGGUCGCAAGGCCUCCAACUUCAACAAGCCAUCGAUUGGCCCCAAGGAGGCGGACAAGAAUGUGCGCAACUUCAGCGAGGAGCAGCUGCGUGCCGGACAGAAUGUUAUCUCCCUACAGUACGGCUCCAAUAAGGGCGCCACCCAGUCGGGCAUUAACUUUGGCAACACUCGGCACAUGUAGAAUCACUCACACUAACACCCAUACUCCCUCUCUCUCUCACUCACAUUCCGCAAUAAAGCCAAAACAAAAAGAAAAAACAUCUUCCGUUCCGAUAUUCCUCUAUAAAGAAAAAGAAAAGCCAAGACAAGAAUGUAUUUAUAUAAAGCAAUUGACUCUUUGUAUUUGUAUUACAAAUCGAAGAUGUUUUGCAACAUAAAUUACUUUUAAUUUAAUAUUAUUAAGUACUCGAACGUACGGAUUUUUUAGAAUGAUUAUAUAAUUCUAUUUUCAACAAAAACAACUGCAUUUCUGGCACGAUCAAUUAAAAAUUAUCCUAUAUAUUUAUUCUUAUAUAAAUCCAGUAGGCACUCAAUAAUUGUGCCAUGACCAAACGUAACGGAUUGCCUUAUGACUAAAGUACCGCCAAUAUUCAAAAUUAAAAGAAGUUAAAAAACUAAAUCUGUUGAAAAAACUAACCUGAAUUUCAGUCAAUACCUAAGCAUUUAAUAUGAAUGUAUUCAAAGCAUCGAAAUAGUUGAAAAGAAAAUCAAAUAUAUAAUAU